CAAUUCCCCGCCCCGCGGCUCGCCUCACCUCGCCGGAACCCUAGCCCCCACCGCACCCCCGCCUCCUCCGGACGAAUCCGUCCGAUCGCCCGGCUCGCCGAUCGAUGGACUCCGAUGCCGAGAUGCCGAUGUCGAGCGACGAGGAGAUGCUGGACGACGAGGACUAUUACGACUACAGCGAUAUGGGUGAGGCCGACGAGGAGGAGGAGGAGGAGGAGGAGGAGGGGGAGGAGGGCGGUGAUGGGAGCGAGGGCGGCGAGGGGGAUGGGGAGGGGGAUAGUGACGAGGAGCUGGUGGGCGGCGACUACGAGGGCCGCGAGGCCGAGGGGAGCGACGAGGUGGUCUCACGCCGCGAGCAGAGGUACAUUGUAUUAACUGAAAAGGAUAUAAAUGAACGUCAAGAGGAAGAUAUAAGCAAGGUAGCUGCAGUACUAUCGAUUCGAAGGGAGGAGGCUUGCGUUCUUCUUCAUCACUAUAAAUGGAACAUCAGCAAGUUAAGUGAUGAAUGGUUUGCGGAUGAAGAAAAAGUUCGUGAUAUUGUUGGGUUACUUUUAAAUGGAAUUGAUUUUCCUAACUCUAGCAAGCUAACUUGUGGAAUAUGUUUUGAAGGGUAUUCUUCCGAUGCGAUGAGUUCUGCUGGUUGUGAUCAUUUUUAUUGUCAUGAAUGUUGGGAAGGUUAUAUUAGUGCUGCAAUAAGUGAUGGUCCAGGAUGUUUGUCAUUGCGAUGCCCUGAUCCAUCUUGUGGUGCUAUGGUUCUUCAGGACAUGGUUAAUAAGUUAGCUAAAGAAGAUGAUAAAGUGAGAUAUGCACGAUUUGUCUUGCGUGCAUAUGUUGAAGAUAGCAAGAAGACUAAAUGGUGUCCAGCUCCUGACUGUACAUGUGCAGUGGAAUUUGUCAGUGACGGGAACUAUGAUGUUUCAUGCAAUUGCAAGUUCAGUUUUUGUUGGAACUGCACAGAGGAAGCUCAUCGACCAGUGAACUGUGAGACUGUUUCUAAGUGGGUAUUAAAAAAUAGUGCAGAAUCUGAAAAUAUGAACUGGAUACUGGCUAAUUCGAAGCCCUGUCCGAAAUGCAAACGACCAAUAGAGAAAAACCAGGGAUGCAUGCAUAUGACUUGCACUCCACCUUGCAAAUUUGAGUUCUGCUGGUUAUGUCUGGGUUCAUGGGCUGAACAUGGGGAGAGAACUGGUGGAUUUUAUGCUUGUAAUCGCUAUGAAUCAGCAAAGAAGGAAGGAGUUUAUGAUGAGACUGAAUCAAGGAGGGAAAGAGCCAAAAAUUCACUUGAAAGAUACAUGCAUUACUAUGAGCGUUGGGCAUCUAACCAGACGUCGAGGCAGAAGGCACAAUCAGAUCUGCAAAAGGCAGAAAAGGAACAACUUGCAAAAUUAACAGAUGUUUUUGGAAUACCAGAGACCCAACUGAAGUUCAUAAUUGAAGCUUGGUCACAGAUUAUUGAAUGCAGACGAGUGCUCAAAUGGACAUAUGCUUAUGGCUAUUAUCUGGACGACAAGGUCAAGAGUGAAUUUUUUGAGUACCUGCAAGGUGAAGCCGAGUCUGGUUUGGAGCGCCUUCAUCAAUGUGCUGAGAAAGACCUGCAAGCAUUUUUGCCACCGGCUGUGAGACCUGAGAAUAAUGAACCUACUACGCCAUCAUUGGCUGACUUUGGUGAAUUCCGAGUGAAGCUUGCAGGGCUGACAAGUGUAACUCGGAAUUAUUUUGAGAACCUUGUCCAAGCACUAGAGGCUGGCUUGGAGGAUGUACACUCUACUGCCCAGGGUACCACAUCUAGCAAUACCACUACUGCAACCUCCAAGAAAGCAGGCACUAAAGGCAAAUCAAAGAAGCCUCUUGCUAGGACAUCUUCUGACAACUCAGAGGAAGGCUGGCCUUGUGAGCGCUGCACGUUUAUUAACCUUCCCUCCGUGGAUGCAUGCAGCGUUUGCGAUAAGCAUAGAUACUAGAUGAAAAAUGGCUGAGAAGGCAGUGCCCUCAUAAAGCUCGAAGCUCAUGAGGUGGUGGGUGCUUACACAAAGCUCAUGAGAACAUUGUUGAUUGUAGUUCUGUUCCUAAAUUAUAUGGGGUGAGGAAGAGCAAGAGCUUCCAAGUUCCAAUGGCGUGCAGGUGAGUGAAGGUCCUUCGUGGUAGUAGAUUCCAAAAACGCUGCUGGAUCGGCUACUGGAUGGGAAGUUUGAUGGGGGUAUAUGUGGUAAUCUUUCGGUCUAGCCUAUAUAUAUUAUGUACAUAUUAGUUAUGGAGUAGUAGGUGUGUUAUUGCGUAUCUUAAGAUGACCUGAGAUGAUGUGGUGGGCAACGUUUACCCCUGGACUGACCAACUUGUGAAAGUGGAGUUGGUAGCUGUAGCUUUGUUUUAUCUAUCGAGCGGUCAUGUAAAUUACCAAAGCUCAUAAUCUAUGGUUGAUAUAUUAUGUGGAGAAAGGGUUGUUUCUGAA